AGUAUUCGGGUUACUUCUUUGACUUUAACUAAGCGAAGCAGUCGCCAAAAGACUCUUGCCCGUCACUUUACUCUCGCCGGAGAAACCUGAUAUCACAGAAAAAAUGGGUAUGGGAACAGAAGAGAAUUUGGACUACAAAUGUGGCCUGAGCACCGAUUCGCAAGUGAUUGCACGAAUGGAAUUAAGAGAAGACAUAAACACGCGUGAGCAAGCUCUAGAAAAAUUUCGAGAAUGGAUUCAAAAACACCCGGCAAUUAAAAGUUGUCGCACCGAUGCCGUUUUUCUACUCAGGUUUCUAAGGACAAAAAAAUUCAGCCUCCCAUUAGCCGAGGAAAUGCUAGAACGUUAUCUCACAAUGCGACAACUUUAUCCUGAUUGGUUUCAAAAUUUAGACAUUAAUGAUCCCGAUAUUGAAGCUAUAAUCGAUAGUGGAUAUCUGGUUCCACUUUUGGAAAGGGACGAGCAUGGACGAAAAGUCAUUCUCUCGUGUGCUGGACGCUUCGAUCCUUAUAAAUACACAUCGGCUCAAAUGGCCAGAACACACAGCAUUGUGGUCGAAGCUCUCAUGGACGAGGAGGAAAAUCAAGUUAAAGGAUACACCCACUUGAAUGAUGAAUCUGGCCUCACUAUGGGUCAUAUUAGUGCCUGGUCAUUAACAGACAUUCGAAAUAUGUUGAGAUGUAUUCAAAAUACAACUCCUAUGCGACACAAGGAGACGCAUUUAAUGAACAUUCCCACUUGCGCAACGAAAGUCGUCGAAUUUGCCGUCUCUCUCCUCAAUGAAAAACUCAAAAGUCGCAUACACAUUCAUAAAAAUCUAGACGAUCUCCAAAAGGCUGUUAAUCCACAAAUUUUGCCAAAAGAAUAUGGAGGAAAAAUUCCUCUUUCUGAAAUGAUCGAUUCAUUCAAGAAGGUCUUACGAGCAAAAUGUCAAGAGCUAAAGGCCCUUGAUGACAUGUACAUCGAAUUGGCACCAAAAGAAAAUUGUUCUGCACCAAGUGAAGGUUUGGGAGGUAUUCCGGGCUCAUUUCGUAAAUUAGAAGUAGAUUAAAUUCAUCAAUCUGUUAGAAUUAUAAUUUAGUUUACCAAGUUAGCAUUUAGUUUACCGAUCAAUGAAAAUUGAUUGCGUCGCUAGAUUUAAUUUUACAAUAAUUGAAUUUUUAAUUUGAUUUGAAAAUAUUCUCUUAAUUACAUUUAGACAAGAACUUUGCCUAGAGAAAUCGAAAAUCGAAAGCACUUCAUUUUCUAUAGAAAAGAAUCGGAUAUAAAAAUUAAAAACUUGAGGCCUUUUUUUAUAGAUACAUAAAUAUAUAUAUAUUUUUUAGACCCUCAAAUAAUUUUUGGAAAUGAUAUAUUUUUUAUAAGUGUGAUAAUGUGAAAAUAGUUUAAGAUUUACUGUAUGUACUUAUUUACCAAUAAUCAGAAAUGAUUCUGCUGGUGGUAUAAGUUACCAAUAGCAUUAAGUCCUUAAAAGUGCUUUAUACAAUAAAUUGUAUAAAGCACUGCAUUGAUAUAAUCCGAUUUUAAUAAUCGACAAUAGAAUUAUUAAUUUACUCUGUACAUAUAAUUCUCGAUUUUCAGUUAACGAAAAUUGAAAAGUUCACUUUUUCAAGAUUUCAAUUUCAAUAUUUUCCAUAUAAAUUAUAAUAAGACUUAAGUAAGAUUA